CCGGCUGGCGAGGCGAGCGCGACGUCGGCGUAGCGGGUGAGGAGGAGGCCUCUACGUCGAAGAGAGGGCGGCUUCGACGGCUGCGGAGGAAGAAAGAAAUCCCCUUCUGCUGUUGCUGCUGUCGUGGUCGCCGCUGCCGUCGGCGCGCGCCCGUUCGUCGUGCAACGUCUGCUGUGGUGUGUGGUGUGUGUGUGUUCGCAGCAGCGGCGGACACUGGACCGGCUGCCGCCAUGGGAGGACUACGCGGCCGGCGGGGCUGGCAGGCCGCCGUACGGCAACGCAGCACCACGGGGCGCCGCCGCCGCCGCUCCGCCGCCGCCUUCCUAUCCGGCGAGACAGCUGAUGCUGCAGCAGCAGCAGCAGCAACAACACCUUCAUCAGCAGCAGCAACAUCAGCAGCAACAACAACACCUUCAUCAGCAACAGCACCAUCAGCAGCAGCAACAGCACCGUUACGGCUCUCAGCACACUGCAGUUACGACGGGUGGAGGCUACGAGCCGACGCUGCUCAGCUUGCUCACGUCAUCAGAGAGUGCGCUGACAGACAAGCUGCUAAGAGUCGGCGCUGUGGCUUCACAUACGUCGGUUCGCCUCGACAAUCCAUUCGACAGCGACCGGUCGCGGCACAAGGCUACUCACGACCAUCGCUGCACUCCAGCUAUGGCAGCACUGCUGGCACCCAUGCAGGCGGUUCCAGUCGCUCAGCUCACUGCAGCUUCUAACCAAGCCGAAGAUUCGGGCAGCCUUGCAGACACCCCAAGGGACCUGGAUAUGUUCGACCCGGUUGCACCAGACGCACCAGCAAAUGAAGUCGUAUUUUCGCAUCCAACACCAACGCUAGAGCCAUCCUCGAAUAAUUCGAAUGCACUUCAACAAAGCACAAAAAGUCCCGACCGUACUUUCUGUGCUCCUGCUGAGACAACACGCACAGGACGAAAGACAGCUCGAGCAUCAAAGCUGGAGGAAGAACUCGAGGCACGCCUAGAGGCUGUUGCGGAAGAAAGACAGCAAAGGCGGAAGGAGCACUUGUUUCGCAUGCGCAUGAUGCGAGCAGAGGGAAAAGAAAGAAAGGCAAUUAACGACCAAAAACUGAAGAAUGCAGAAGCAAAGUCCCUUCUCUUGAAGUUAAAAGUGGAGCAUCUGAAGAAGCAGCUACAAUAAA